AUGCGCACGCUCUAUGGCACAGAAGGGUCCGAGAUGGAUCUCAGUAGUGGCGAAGAGGACGAGGAAGAGCUCGUCACAGCGCACGCGAGUCCACGCGAGGAACGUGACCGUGCGGCUGGAAGCGCCGGCCCAGCUCGGGAAGAAAUGGGCAGGCAACUAGCUUUGCUGGGUAGGAUGGUGGCAGGAGAGCAGCUGUCUGCCUUGAAAGAAUACUUCCGUGAACUCCUGUUGGAAGAGCCCGAUGGAGAUCAAGAGGAGGAACAUGAAGCUCGCCUGGACGCGCUGAUGCGGAUGAUCCGGAGCGGGGUGGAAGAGUUAGUCGAGCAGUCAGUACAAGAGUUCUAUGAAGCGUUCGAAGCAACGAUUGGGCUUGCAAAUGAUGGCGAAGGGAUGACUGACAUGGAAAAGCUGACGACGCUGAAGGCCUGUCUGAAGCAACAUCGCCUGAAAACGUACGAUUUGAUUUAUAGGCGGAACCUCAGCGCGGGGGUAGUCCGUGAGGAUCCCGGCGAGGUGUACCGCCAGAUUCGGGCAAAACAUCUUCUGUUCUCGGAGACAAGUGAAGAGAAGGAAAUCCGGAUCCUGGAAGAAGGUGACGGUCUGGAAAAAGGUAAGCUGUCGGCUUUCCAGUGGGAAGUGCGCUGGGAAUCACACCUUGCUGAUCGGGAAAGUGUCGGGUUAGGUCUGAACCCAAAGGAAGCGUUGAUUCAGUAUCUUCGAAAGAUAGGCCCGACGGGACCGGGACCGGGAAGACGGUCUUUCGCGCCGUCUCGUCGUGGGAAGAAGCAGAUCGAGGAGACCAACGCGGGGCAGAAGGCAUUGAACAACAGUACCUUUGUGAAUCGGUCGGGCGAAGGAAAGGGCUCGGAAAAGGACCAGAUCAAUGCGCAGGGUUCGGAAUCCCUAGCGGCGAAGGAAGUGGUGGUCGGCGCCAUCCGGACAGCGCUGGAGCAAGGUAUCGGACCGGGGAACGACAAAUUCCCGGUCGCGCAAUUGGAACGCUGGCCGCAAGAAGAAGUCGUAAUGGGCUUGGCCAACGACGCCCCGAUCAAAUUGAAGGGUGCGGUCGUGAUGCGUGUCCUCUUGCCAGAUGUGAACGGGCAAAAGACGGAAGAAAUCCUCGUCAGGGCUAAGGUCAUCGCAAAAGAGCUUUCAACCUGGCAUGGGUUGAUCUUAGGUGGUCGAGCGCUUGAUGCUGUGGAGAGAGGAGGACUGGGGUUCAGGCCAGCAGCCUCCACUCACAUCUUCGAUGCGCUUGGAGUUAGGCUUUGGAGAAAGGAGGGAAUGGAACCGUUCCCUGACCAUGCCUACCCGUUCCCUGACCAUGCCUACCCGUUCGUCUCCAUCCCACUGUCAGUUUUCGACCGCGCAAGAAGAACCCUGGAUGAGUCAGACAGUGGAAGUGAUGGCAGUGCUACCACAGCCACUACUGCGGCUGAACCUACUUUGACACUGCCACAGCCGUCACGGUCUGCUCCUUCCUCAGAGGAGAAUUGCAUCGAUACGACUCUGACCAGGUUGAAUGGAGAGCCAAGUGAGAAGACUGGGAACAACAAGAUAUCAAUUGAGGAGGAAUUGGGGGCUUUAGAACAGUUGCGAGGAUCUUCAUUUCCAUCACCUUCACGUUCACCUGUCCAGAUCUUGGCAAUCGGAGAUCAAACCAUGCCUACACAAUCUGAGACUGGGACUGGGACCACAAAAAUUGAGACAGCCGGAGAGACACCCAAUGACAAGAAGCCAGAAAAGCAGCUUUGGGACUACAUCAUUCGUCCAAAGAGCAUUGAUGAUUUGCGACGGUUCCUCAAGAAACCACACACAUCUGAGUUCCAGGAUGAGAGAGUCAGGGCAACCCAGCACCCGCUUUUCGGGAAGUUCUUGACAUCAAAAUCAAUGACCCUUCACGACGGCCUCAAGAAAUGGGCUUUGGGAAGCAAUGAGACGGAACAACUACAGGACCUACGUGGUUUCUUUGUGUGGCUGCAUGACACGCAGAAAAAUCCUGAUCAUGCCCCAGAUGAUGCACUCCCUAGUCAAGCCGCUAACGUUGCUGAUCUGGAGCACUUGUGCAACAUGAGCACAUUACAAGCAGAGAUGAAUACUUGUGCCGGAGCACACCAGUUGGCACCAGAGGUAGGUUACUCGAAGCCUAUGUUCAGAAGCGGGACGAUUCCCAAGAUCGUGAGGUCAGACCGUGGCCAAGAAUUUAAGAGCACGUUGAUGAAGGAAUAUUGCGCGCUCAUAGGGCUGCGGCAAAAGUUCAGCGGUCCCUUGCGACCAUGCGAGCUGGGGUCGACUGAACGAGUCCAUCAAGAGACUCAGAAGGUCUUGGGUUUGCUCGUGCAUGACGUGUGUCGAGCUAAGUCACAUGAAUGGUCAGAACUUCUGGAAGUAAAAUUCAUUUCGGAUACCACUCCUGGCCCAGCAGGGGUCGCCCCACGAGACUUCGAACGAGGGUGGAGGCUAGCGAGCCCUUUAGAGCGAGAGCUACUGGGGCAGGAACGCUGGGAGUUCGAGCCAAACGAAGAACAAACAAAGUUGUUUAAGACGUACCGGGAAAUCGGAGUGAAGGUGUUGGGCUGGUACGCGGCGGCUUCUGAAAGGAGAGCAGAGCGGGCGAACCGGUUCAGGAAAGCCAAGGUGAUUGAGAUCGGAGGCCUCGUCGUCUACCGCGAUCCGCGGCUACGGUCUGGAGGGCGGACUCCUUGGCGUAAGCAAUUGUCCGAUCCUAUGCGGGUCGUUGCUCAAAGAGGGAACCGCGUGGAUCUUGAAGCAGUGAAACCGACCGAUGGCAUCACUGCCCGCACAAUCCGGGAUGCGCAUAUAGAAGACCUGCUGUUGGUGCCCCCAGAUGCUAUGGAUGAUGUGAUGGAGCCCCUGUUUUAUGAUGACCGAGGAACGCGAGGGAAAUUGGCCGCCCUUCGUGUGGGCAGCAUGGUGGCGUAUGCCAUCGAGAGCAUUCGUGCCAACGUGAGACGUUGCCGCGUUGGCCUAAUCCCGCAGCGCAGCAGUGGGAAGUCCACCGAUUUCAGCCUGACCAAGGAAGAGACGCUAGAAAGCGUCGGCUCGGAGCCAGUCGUGGAAGCAGUGCCGUUGCAACGGGCGAUAACCGAAGGGUUCCUGAACGGUGGAGUCUGGAACACGGCUUCGGCGCGGAAAAUCGACGAGAGCGGUUACGAGCAGCGAUCCCCGGCUCUCAAAGCGGAGCUGGAUCGGCUGCGUGUUUACGUGGUGGCAAAUAAUUGGCGAGACGCUGCGGCGCAAGCCCAAGCCGACGAAAGUCAAGCCGAUCGAGUGCGCGUGAGUGGCGUGGCCAGGAGUGAGGACCUGCCCAACUCGGACGGAGUUGCCUUAGAAGCCUUGUGGACGCAGCGACGCCAGGAGUCAGAGAAGAAUUGGGACGGCGUGUGUUCAGACCUGAGCGCGUUCCGAUUCAGUGGGGAACUUCCCAUGGCUGACCCAAGGAGGACAGCCGAAUGUCGGGAAGCCGUUGUGGCCGGUCUCGGCUUUGCGCGAGAUGGGCCAGGAAGCCGUGGCUGA